AUGACAGAUAGGGCGAGGGAAGUUCUUGACAUGCUUCUUGGGCCUGACAGGGACAUUUAUGAUCCUGGGAAAUCAUUCUCAGCAAAGAAGGAUGUCUGUAUAUACAUGCUUGUCUCGUUCUGUCCAUUUGAAUUGUUCAGGAACACCAGAAAAAGCAUAGGAAAAUGUAAGUACAACAACCAUGAGGAGUAUUACAAGGCUGAAUACAAUAGGGGUGGGAAAGAAAGAUAUGAAGAAUAUGAAUGGGAGUUUCUUAGGUUGCUUGUAGAGAUUGCUCUUCGUGUACAGGACGAGAUUAGAGAACAAAAUUCAGAGAAUAUGGUAGACGUUUCCUUGCUUGGUAAAAUCCAGGAGAAGGAAGAGGUGUUCAAUAAGAUGUAUCAAGACAUCGAAAGGCUUGGAAUGGAGGGGAAUGUGGAAGAGGCUUGGCAUAGCUUCAACGAAUGUGAGAAAGUGAGGGAAGAAUUGGAAAGGAUCAAGGAAGCAUAUUAUGUAAAGAGUAAUGGAGUAGGAAUGGAAAAGUGCACCGUAUGCGGGGUCAACUUGGUUCUGAGUGACACAGAUGCAAAGAUCAGUAGGCAUCUGAACGGAAGGCUUCAUAGAGGGCAUCUUCGGGUCAGGAAUAAGUUAGGGGAGCUUUUAGAGAAGUUUGGGAUCUCUAGCGUAACAGAGAUAUUUCCUGAAGGCUUUUCCUUCAAGCACUUGAGAGGGUAG